AUGAUGGAAGUAAUAACUAUUUUAUUAUUUGCAUUAACUUUUAUAAGAAACGCUGCCAGUCAUGAUUUUCGGAAUAGCCCGCUUUUAACAGCAUAUCCCUGUGGUGUGCCAGAUGUAAUGCUCUGGUACGAUCCCAGCCUCCCAGCAAGAGAGAAAAACAGAUAUUACGUGUACAUAAAUAGAAUAAUCCCUAAUAACAGUUUGAUUCGGAUAUCGUUUGAUGAACAAGUCAUAAUUUCUUUCAACUUCCGAACGGAACUGGGUAAAUUUGUGAGAUAUUUCAUCAAAGAUGGAAACUCAAUAAUAAUGAAUGCUUUCCGAGAAUUUCAACGUUUGGGGCUUACAGUUAAAGGAGUUGUACCAGGUGUGAUGCCAUAUAUUACCACCCUACUUAUUGGCGAGGAAAAUUUAUGCCAGAAACCAACUACUGGCUACUUAGAUAGUUUGAUACGGGACAACUGGAAUCGUGGACCUCAGCUUAACUGUGGGAGACCAAAAGUAAUACAUAGCAAUACAACAAAAGGAAAAUCCUCCAGAACUAGGAAAGGAGAUUGGCCUUGGCACUCAGCUAUAUAUCGAAGUGACGAAACAAAUAAAAAUUAUAUUUGCAGUGGAACACUUAUUUCAAAUAGAUUUAUAUUAACAGCUGCGCAUUGUGUCUCUUCUGGAGAGGUACCACUACUGCCCGAAUUGUUGACGGUUGUUCUAGGACAAUUUGAUUUGAAAAAGAAAAAUAAGAAAACCGUAGAGAAAGCGGUAGGUAAAGUUAUUGUUCAUCAAAAGUUCAUUCGUCAAGACUUAUAUAAUGAUAUAGCUUUACUAAAAUUGAAAGGCGAGGUGUUGUACAAUUCUUAUAUACAGCCAGCUUGUUUGUGGUAUAGCAACGCAAAUAAAAAGUUACCAUCGAAUUUAAUUACAGGAACGGUUUUAAGAUGGGGUUAUAACCUAAAGGCGCAAUCUUCACAUCAGGUACGAAAAACUGAAAUACCCAUAGUGCCGUUAACUACAUGCCUUUUUAGCAAUCCCGAUUUUUACGGAACAGUAAUUAUGUAUGAUAUCGGCAAAUUUUGUGCUGGAUAUCCUAAUAAAACAUCAGCGUGUAACGGAGAUAGUGGAAGUGCCUUCUUAGUACUCUUACCAGAUUUAAAUGAAAGUGGUCAGAAGACGAACACAACAGGUGCCUAUUACGUAAAAGGCAUUGUGUCUUUAACCGUUUCAAAAUUCGAUUCUCCUGUUUGUGCUGCAAACCAAUAUGUGGUUUUUACUGAUGUUGAAGAAUUUCGGACUUGGAUCGAUGCAUACAUUGAAGAAGAAGAUAUU